GUGGAGCUCGAAUGGAUCCCUGAAACGCUGUACAACACCGCGAUCUCGGCCGUGGUGGACAACUACAGCCGAUCGAGGAGGGACAUCCGCUCGCUGCCGGAAAACAUCCAGUUUGAUGUGUAUUAUAAGCUGUACCAGCAGGGCCGCCUCUGCCAGCUGGGAGGAGAGUUCUGUGAGCUGGAGGUGUUUGCUAAAGUGCUGCGGGCGUCCGACAAAAGACAUCUCCUGCACCACUGCUUUCAAGCCCUGAUGGACCAUGGGGUGAAAGUGGCCUCCGUUUUAGCCAACUCCUUCAGCCGCCGCUGCUCCUACAUCGCAGAGUCUGAUGCUCACGUCAAAGAGAAGGCCAUCCAGUUCGGCUUCGUGCUGGGUGGCUUCCUGUCUGACGCCGGCUGGUAUGGAGAUGCAGAAAAGGUGUUCCUGUCGUGCCUACAGCUGUGUACGCUCCACUGCGAGGUCCUGCACUGUUUCCGGGCUGUGGAAUGCUGCGUCAGGCUGCUUCAUGUCCGUAAUGGAAACUGUAAGUACCAUCUGGGGGAGGAGACCUUCAAGCUCGCCCAGUCUUACAUGGACAAACUAGCCAAACAUGGCCAUCAGGCCAACAAGGCAGCGCUGUACGGCGAGCUCUGUGCCUUGCUCUUCGCCAAAAGCCACUACGAUGAGGCGUACCGCUGGUGUAUAGAGGCUAUGAAGGAAAUCACUCCAGGGCUGCCUGUAAAAGUAGUCGUCGAUGUUCUACGACAGGCCUCAAAGGCCUGCGUGGUGAAGAGGGAGUUCAGAAAGGCAGAGCAGCUGAUCAAACAUGCUGUCUUUCUAGCAAGAGAACAUUUUGGACACAAGCAUCCCAAGUACUCCGACACUCUGUUAGAUUAUGGAUUUUACCUGCUAAACGUAGAUAACAUAUGUCAGUCAGUGGCAAUCUACCAGACGGCCCUAGACAUUCGACAGUCUGUGUUUGGAGGGAAGAACAUCCACGUUGCCACAGCCCACGAAGACCUGGCCUACUCCUCUUAUGUCCACCAGUACAGCUCUGGGAAAUUUGACAAUGCUCUAUUCCAUGCAGAACGUGCCAUAGACAUCAUAACUCAUAUUCUGCCUGAAGACCAUCUCCUGCUGGCGUCCUCCAAGAGAGUCAAAGCCCUCAUUCUGGAGGAAAUCGCCAUCGACUGCCACAACAAGGAAACCGAAGAGCGCCUCCUGCAAGAGGCUCAUGACCUGCACCUCUCGUCACUGCAGCUGGCCAAAAAAGCCUUUGGAGAGUUUAACGUCCAGACCGCCAAACACUAUGGAAACCUUGGGCGUCUUUACCAGUCCAUGAGGAAGUUUAAGGAAGCAGAAGAGAUGCACAUCAAAGCCAUCAAGAUCAAGGAGCAGCUGCUGGGCCACGAAGACUACGAGGUGGCUCUGUCCGUGGGUCACCUGGCCUCCCUGUACAACUACGACAUGAACCAAUACGAGGAUGCAGAGAGGCUCUACCUGCGCUCCAUCGCUAUCGGUAAGAAGCUGUUUGGGGAAGGCUACAGUGGGCUGGAGUAUGACUACAGGGGCCUGAUCAAACUCUACAACUCUGUGGGAAACUUUGAGAAGGUCUUUGAGUACCACAACGUACUGUCCAACUGGAACCGGCUGAGGGACCGACAGUUUGCCGUCGCCGACGCUCUGGAGGAUGUCAACACAACCCCCCAGCAGACGCAGGAGGUGGUGCAGGCAUUCCUGCUGGCCCAGAGCUUGGGCCCCACCCGGCCCUGUCUUGGCUGACCCCCCCGCGCCGGUGUGAAUGUGGUGUUCUUUUUCCUGACGGGGAAAGAAGAGAGGAAAAGACCAGGUGGGAUCCUGGGAGGAAACCCAAAUGUGACGCAGCAGUUGCACACAGUUAGUUUGAACAUACGGUACAUUCAGGCAUCAGCGGCUGGCCGGCUUUUCCACGGCUCUCACAGAAACACGUCACUUCAUCAGCUUCCUCAUUCCCAGCCUGGAGUGCAGUGAAGAAGCGAGCUGCUGCUCCUCUCCUGAGCCUGAACUCUGAUGUGAGGAGAGUGAAGGAGAGCCUGAACAUCCUGUGAAGAUGUGACUUCCACUCUGUCUCACACGCCUUUUUCUUCUGGAACCACAAGCUUUUUGAUUUAGCAGCAAGGCCUGGAUUUUGGUGAAGUGGAGGAGGUCCAGGGAGCUUCUGUGAGGGACUCUGCUGCACGUCUGACCUGUACAGUGAAAUCAUAGAAAGAUUGUACACUUCAGUUUCAUUUGAAGGCUUCUCGUUUUUCCUUUUUAUAAGUUGACACGGAUGUCAUUGAACUCGUGCUUUGAGGUGCUUGCAGAGGAAUGUUAAACCAGGUUUGUUGUUGCACACUGAACAGGCUUCAGAGGGCUCAUUUUCAACUCUUUUCUUUUUUUCCCUGUUCAGUAUUGACAAGAUCAUUUAAAUGCCAAUAUUUUAUAUGCAGAGGUGUAAUGUUGAUGUGGGCCUUUGUUUCUGUGUCCUGACGGACCGAACUGUUGAACAGUCAGGAAGCCUGAGCGUGAGUGCAGAAAACAAGGUGCUACACGUACAACGCUCCCUUUACUCGCUUAUUGUGUGUGUGUGUAUACGUGUGUGUGCGUGCCCAUCAGUCUCACAGAUGUCUGGGGGCCCCGCCUUACACGACCCUGCAGGUAGACAGACCCAUGCUGACAAGUGCUUAAUAAACUACCCUUAUGGCACUACAGUGGGGACCAGUACUGUGUGGGUGUGUGUGGGUGUGUUUCUGGGCAUAGGGCCUUUCCGUUUUGUGCUCUCAGAAUCUGCAUUAAAGCAAAGUCCCAGCGUUUCA